AUGUUGUGUGAUGUUCGCAGCAACGAAGGAGGCGGCGUUCACGUACGCGAUCACUUCGGCCGGCGUGACACACGCGCUGAGCGCGGCGUGCACGGCACGGCGGCGGGCGAGCAGUUCGAGUGGGGCGGCUGCGGCGAGGGCGCGUACGGCGCGCGGCUGGCGCGGCGCUUCCUGGACGCGCGCGAGCUGGAGCGCGACGCGCGCGCGCUCAUGAACCUGCACAACAACCGCGUCGGCAGGAAGGUGGUGAAGGAGCUGGUCCGGCGCGAGUGCAAGUGCCACGGCGUGUCGGGCUCCUGCGCCAUGCGCACGUGCUGGCGAGCACUGCCGCCCUUCCGCGCCGCCGCCGCCGCCCUGCGCGAGCGCUACGAGCGAGCGAGGCUCGUGCGUCCGCGCGACCACCACCACCUCGUGCUCGUCAGGAGGCACAAGCAGAGCGCGGGCGUGGUGCGGGCGCCGCGCAAGUCGGAGCUGGUGUACCUGCAGGCGUCGCCGUCGUACUGCGAGCGCGACGACGCGGCGGGCUCGGCCGGCACGCACGCGCGGCUGUGCAACGUGACGUCGCGCGGCGAGGACGGCUGCGAGUCGCUGUGCUGCGGGCGCGGCUACAACACGCAGCGCCGCGUGCUGGAGACCAAGUGCCGCUGCCGCUUCCACUGGUGCUGCCGCGUCACCUGCGACACGUGCGUCGCGCGCGCCGACACGCACGUCUGCAAGUGACGUCACGCGGGACAGUUCAUGUGUGCUCCGAUCUAACUUGCCUCUACUUGCUAAUAUUUAUAAUUCAUUUGUAACAGAUCGACAAUUUCAUGUAACAUUUUUAUUUAUAACCACCGAUACAUUGUCAUACUCCUGUAGCAUUUAGUUGACUAAAUUCAGACAAAUGUUUUUGUAUGUCCCUGCAUUCUGUGAUGUCAGGAGAAGUCUCCUGUGACCCCCACUCCCUCUGUAACCGCGUGUAAAGGACUCACUCACGUACUUACUGAAUAGUUACUAACUCCAGUCGCUUUAAUGUAACAUUGUAAAUAUUAAAUUUAAUUGUAAGUGAAAUGUACCUAUUGAAGGCAUCACGUGAUUUACCAGAAAUAUGAAUAAAGCUAGGUUUCCUACAAAAACGUCCAGGCGCUCUCAACCACUUUCGUAUGUACACAGAGCUACCCAGAUGGCACGAAUCGAACGAAUAUACAGAACGACCUAAAUUGUACAAAUUGUAUCAAAUCUUCGAAUAUUGAAAAUUGACGUAGCCUAGUCUACAAAGGUGUUUAGAGAUCGUGGUUUAUAUUAGACAUUAUUUCAUGGCGUCAUCAAGUGUUCUGGCUGAAUGUAGCCCUUGCGUUAAUUGGUUCACUACAUUUAUGUAUGUAUAAUUGUAUACCUACUGUCGCAAGCUGAUGCAGUUGUAUAGCGCUGAAAUGAUUGUAGGCUAAUAUUAUUAUUCGCAUUAUUGGUAAAUCCCGUGUUGUAAUGAAUGGUUGUCAGCGAGAAGUUGAUGUGCAUUUACUGUAUGUGACUAAGUACCGACGGCUUUAAUACGUGUUAGCUGUAAGUAGUACGACGUACCGUGUGUACGUCUGUGUGUAAGAACAUUCCGAUAGACGUAACUUAACUUAUUCACUCACUGCGACUCGGCGAAUAAACUUUACCACCAACCUGUGUCACUCAUUUACUACCCCUUUAUAUCACUCCCUCCUUGCUCUCCAGAUAGCGGCUUCCCUUGUUCCGAACGA